AUGUACAGCAUCAUAUGGAAUUGGGUCGAUCUAGAUGUAAAACGGAUCCAACCAUGGCUCGAACUCUCGCGCGAAAAUGGUGCGUUAGCUAAGGAGUCCCUAAGUCUGGAUUACCCAUACGACUUCAUUGCUCUGGUCCCCUUCAAGGCAACCAAGAGAAGACACUGGACAGUGUCUGUUUCUGGUACUGUAUUAUUGCUGAUUUUCUGGGCCUUAACUCCCCUUCAAGGUGCCAUCUUCGGUACAGGCCCGGUACAGCUUCGCCAGCCAUCUUCCUUUUCUAUAUCGGCAGAGACGAUUCCGAUCCAGGCACAGUCGGCGGCGUUAGACACUUCUAUUCUUCAUCGCAUGUACGCGGUGAAGUACCUUUCUCAACCAUAUCCGGAAUUUACCACGCCUGAAUACGCCUUACUGCCAUUCAAGAUGGAGACCAACGGCUUCCCAGAUGAAGCCAACUGGACAGCCACAACUACAAAAUUUUGGACGGAUCUUAAGUGCUGGCCGGCGGAGAUUGUCCAAGAUAAGAGGCCGGCUUAUGAGGCGUACUAUGACUUCCUCAACGGUCAAGGCUGCAAUGCUAGUAGCAUUGAGACCAUUGACAUUGCACCUCAAACACGCUACCGAAUGCAGUAUCUUGGUUGGCAUAACAGUGCCUAUUCAAGCCAGUUCCUCGUGCGUUCCACGACAUGCCCUGCACAGUACGCCCAUCAGUUUCUUGCCACCAUGGCUGUUGGGCCAGUUGACAGCCCCCGGGUAACGGCGAUCUUCUGCGAACCAAGCUAUUGGAAGCAGCGAGUUCAGGUAACAGUUCCCACGGAUACCUUCCAUCCAAAUGAUGCCUCGAUAGAGGAACUCGCACCUCCCGAGGAGCUCCCACCCACUGAGUUCAACAAUACUGGAUUUGAAUAUCUGCUCGGAAGUAGUGUUUCCGAAGUCCAGGAUGCUGCUCGCGACUAUUCUCACAAUAUCAUCCUCGACCAGUUCGACCAGCUGAACGACACGAGAUGGGACUGGCCACUAUCUCCCUUGGUUGGGUUUGUCGUUGGAAAGCAUGAAAGGCCCAUUGAGGACUACUUCGAUGCCGAAGUGAUGGAAGACCGCUUCCGAGCCAUUCACAAAUCCGUCUUUGCGCUGGCUUUCAACUCCCUGCUUUCGGAUGUCCCUCAGGCAGACCAGGCCGUGGCCUCCGCGCAACCGUCGGAAGGGACUGUGGAGUUUGUUGUUUACGGAAUUCUUGUCAGCAGAACUAUCUCCGCCAUAGUAGAGGCACUGUUGGUGAUAGUUGGUCUCAAAACGAUUCUGCUUCAUUUCCUCGCCCUGCGACUGAAGAGCAACCUCUCCGCAGACCCGAGCACACUUGGCGAUCUCGUAACCAUUCUCAGAAACAGCCCACAGCUACUCGAUGUGAUUUCACCAAAAUACGGAACGUUUGAUAAGACGAAGAGCGAGUUCGAAUCUGGAGGUGUUAGUGAUCCAAGGCUCCGUCUUAAGUGCGGCUGCUCUCGUUCGGAUGGCACCAUGAUGAUAGGAGUAACCGACACGCGCAAGCCUUUUGACAUACCAGUCGAACGAAGGGCCAAGUCGGGAGAUGGAAAUGAUGAGUAUUACGAGCCUGUGAGACCCCUCAUUCUCCGUAGGGUGUCGGGAAUUAUUUUCGUUCUUCUGCUGGCAAUCACAUUGGGGGUUCUGACGUUCCUCAAGAACCAAGAGAAGCGACUAGGGGGUUUGCCCCGCCCAACGGACCGUUUUGAGGUACUUCAGCUUUUGGAGAACUACAUACCCACAGCAAUUGCGACACUCAUAGAGCCGUUUUGGGUCUUAGCUACCCGACUGCUCUGCAUUUUCCAACCGUUUAAUGACUUGCGACCACAAAAGAAAGCAUCCCAAGCGAAAAAGGCCAUGAAUCUGGACUAUACGUCUCUACCUCCGCAGCUCUCUAUCUGGCGAGCGUUAAGAGCCGGACACGUCCUCAUUUCCGUAGUUUGUCUCGUUGCUCUUCUCGCAAAUGUUCUGGCGGUCGGCUUAGGUGGUCUCUUCAACGAAAAACCCGUUCCAGUCACCCAUCCCAUAGAUCUCGUGCAUCUACGCUCAGAGAGAUUCCAGCUGGACAAGAUGGGCAGCAGUACCAACAACGACGCCAGGCAGGAUGAUAACAUGUUUUCCGUUAAGUCAAACUUCACAUUGGGAACGCAGAUGCCUCCCUGGGCUACGGCAGAGUACUACUUCCAGCCAUUCGCGGCGAUUUCGCCUAACCCACACAACUCGACAGAGAUGUUUAGAGGUCGAACGAGGGGUUACGGGCUCGACAUAACCUGCAGCGAGGCACAGACAACGAAGCCGGUAAACGACACUCUCCCAAAAGAGAUCAUAGUCGACGUGCGAUCUUUUAAUGAGGAACAUGGAAUCACCGAUCCAGCUUGCCCCGGCCUGUCCCAGCUGGGCAGAGGGGAGAUGUCGAAUAAGACCUCGAGUACCGAAGGAGCUUGGGGCUCUUGCACCAAAUUAGGGGCAAUGAUACUAUAUUGGGGCAGAAUGACUUACACUCCCGAGCGAACUGUGGACUAUAGAGCAUAUGCAUGCCAAUCGAAAUUCAAGACAGCCCUCUUCGACGUAACUAUAGACUCCGAUGGACACAUCCUGUCUUACGAAAGGGCCAGCGACUUCACCGACAAUCUCGGUUACGAUAGGUCUUGGAAUGACACGAUUCGGCUCGUGGAGAUGGUCACCGGGCACAUGACAACCAACGCUGUGAGUUGGCACCCCAACUCCAUGUCCCUCUCCUGGUUCAUCGACGUCCUCAAAGCCUCCCUCGGGGAGAAAAUCCUCGACCCCAACGAAUCAAUUCCGGAUCCAUCCGUCAUGCUCCCGGCAACAAUGGAUAUUUGGCGCCGCGCAUUCGCAUAUCUCCUCGCGUCGGACGCCGUGCCAUAUCAGCCGCUCGAAGAAAAUCAGCCCGCCUUCGGUGGCACGAGAUUCUCGACCGAGACUCGAAUCUUCAUGGAAACUUCCGCCUUCAUUAUUAGCGUUAGUAUUCUGGCGCUGUACGUCGUUGUGGCUACGUUCAUGUACGGUUUCUCGAUGGAUUUCUUCCUCCCGCGCAUGCCGACGACGAUAGCUUCUAUCCUUGAGUUUAUGGCACCGAGCAGGGCGCUACGCGACGAUAGCCCCAUUUCUGAGACGAGGUUCGCCUUUGGGAGGUAUAUUGGCCGGGAUGGCCGGCGGCACGUUGGUAUCGAGUAUGCCGAACUUGUGGUGCCGAUAGAUACGGUUGCCUUGAAAAGGGGCAGCAAAAGCCGAGCUCAUAGAAUAUUGUUCGGCAGGUGUAAGCGUUCUGAUACAUUGAUCGGAGAUGACCCCAGGUCGAAGGCUUGA